CUCAAAAUUCCAACUAAAGUUUUAGUUGGUGUUGUUGAAAAUGGCGUUAUCCACUUUCCCGACUGUAUUCACAUUAUUAUUCGCCCCUCAUGUUUUUCAACACCAAAACGUUAAACUAAAUUUGAGCACAACAAGGAAAGUUGUAAAUAGUGGGAGGUUUUCAGUUAAAUCACUUUCCUCUGGUGACGCCUCUUCGGUUCGGUCUGAUGUUCUGUUUCCCGGGGAUUACGAUGAACUUCUUGAUCAGGCGAAGGAAGCAACACAAGCAGCCUUAAAUGAUGGAAUACAAUUGAUGGAGAUUGAGUUCCCAACUGCCGGGCUGGAAUCCGUACCAGGCGAUGGUGAAGGUGGAAUUGAAAUGACUGGAAGUAUGCAAUUGAUUCGUGAAUUUUGUGACCUCCUCGUUGUGCCUGAAAAGGCUACCCGAACCAGAAUAUUUUUUCCAGAGGCUAAUGAAGUUCAAUUCGCUAGAAAAUCAGCAUUUGGAGGUGCUUCUUUCAAGCUUGAUUAUUUAACAAAGCCCUCAUUCUUUCAAGAUUUUGGUUUUGUUGAGGCGGUUAAAAUGGUUGAUCGUGUUAAGGAAGAAGAUGAACUCUUUAUUGUCGGCUAUCCUUAUUUUAAUGUCAAUGAAAUGCUUGUUGUGGAAGAGCUUUAUAGGGAAGCUGUGGCAUCCACUGCUAGGCAAAUGAUUAUAUUCAAUGGGGAGCUUGAUCGUAUCAGAUCUGGAUAUUACCCGUCAUUCUUCUAUCCAAAACUUGCUGCACUUUCAAAGACACUAUUUCCUGAAAUGGAAACUGUAUACUACAUCCACAAUUUCAAAGGUCGCAAUGGUGGAACUCUUUUCAGGUGUUACCCAGGUCCGUGGAUGGUGUUAAGAAGAAUGGGAAGUAGAUAUGUUUGUGUUCAUCAACAGGAAGAGAUGCCAACCCUGAAGGAGGUUGCUUUGGAUAUUCUGCCCUCAGCUUAAAAUUUAUCUGGUUUCACCUUGAUGGUUAAAACAUCCAGCAACUCAUGUGAUUUCUCAAUUAAGAGAUAUCCAUGCAUAAUCAUUUGUACACUUUAUUUUUCCCUAGUUUAAGAAUUCAUUUUUGGCAUUUCAAACAUCUAUGCAUAUAUUGUAAACCGCCGAUGUUUGUUUGAUCAAGUGUAAAAAAAGCACCACCCUUUUUUGAA